AACCUUUAAAACCAAACGUCAACGUCAAUCUCCGACACUUUAAUUUGUAACAUGUUGAUUGAUAACAUCGCGGUUUCGCACUGAUAACAACAAUGGCAAGCACCGUGGAGAACCCCACAAACAUCCCCGAGCAUUGCCCCGGCACCGACAGCGCCAACGCAGGCAAGGCCUCGGCCUGCGCCGGGUGCCCCAACCAGCAGAUCUGCGCCUCCGGCCCCGCGGGGCCCGACCCCGGCAUCCAGCUGGUGAAGGAGCGCCUCGAGCAAGUCCGCAACAAAGUCCUGGUUCUGUCUGGAAAAGGGGGCGUGGGGAAGAGCACCGUGACGGCGAUGCUCAGCCGCAGUCUCGCCGCGCGCGAUAAGGACAGCAACGUUGCCGUCCUGGACAUCGACAUCUGCGGCCCCUCCCAGCCCCGCGUCAUGGGUGUCCUCAACGAACAAGUCCACCAAUCGGGCUCCGGCUGGUCCCCAGUCUACGUCGACGACAACCUCUCCGUCAUGUCCAUCGGCUUCCUGCUGUCCUCCCCCGACGACGCCGUCAUCUGGCGCGGCCCCAAAAAGAACGGCAUGAUCCGCCAGUUCCUCAGCGAGGUGGACUGGGGCAACCUCGACUACCUCCUCAUGGACACGCCCCCGGGCACCUCCGACGAGCACCUCUCGGCGUCGACCUACCUAUCCCAGGCCGGCUUAACCGGCGCGGUAAUCGUGACCACCCCCCAGGAAGUGGCUCUGCUCGACGUGCGAAAAGAAAUAGAUUUUUGCAAAAAGGUGAAAAUCAGGGUGCUGGGGGUGGUGGAGAACAUGUCGAUUUUCGUGUGUCCGUGCUGCAAGAGGCUGUCGGAGAUUUUCCCGGCCACGACAGGAGGGGCGAAGAAAAUGUGCGAGGAGCUGAACGUGCCGUUUUUGGGGAGUCUGCCCCUGGACCCCACCGUGGCUAGGUAUUGCGACGAAGGCAAGGAUUUUAUUAGCGAGUUGCCGAAUUCGCCAGUGGUGCAAGCGCUGGGCGAGAUUGUCAAAAAGCUCGUUAUGGUGUGCGAAUCAAGGGAAGAAUAAUUAUUUCUACUAAUGGUUUAGCGAUAAGUGAAAUGUAAUCGUUUUGUUUAAGAAGGUUUUUAAUAAAGUUAUUUUUAAAAUUGUU